UUUGAAACGACUCGUUCACGAACGACUCACGAGUAGUAGUCUCGCGAUGACAGCGUAAGCUCAACGGCAGAAAAAGAAAGGAUUUAGCAAAUGGAGGUGGCAGAAAUGAUCGUUUUCUGAACGACAAAAGGUACAGUUGGCCAUGUCUGAAUCUCUGUACGAGAAGUUUUUGGCCCCGGAGGAGCCUUUCCCUCUCCUCUCCCAAAGAGCCAACCUCAGCGAUGUGGGAACCCUGGACGUCAGCGACUUCGGCUGCCAGCUCUCAUCUUGUCACAGGACGGAUCCUCUACACCGCUUCCACAGUAACAGGUGGAACCUAACUUCCUGUGGGACGAGUGUCGCCAGCUCGGAGUGCAGCGAGGAGCUCUUCUCCUCCGUGUCCGUGGGGGAUCAGGACGACUGUUACUCCCUCCUGGAUGAUCAGGAACUAACGUCUCUGGACCUGUUUCCAGAGGGCAGUGUUUGCAGCGAUGUCUCCUCCUCCAUCAGCACCUAUUGGGACUGGUCCGACAGCGAGUUUGAGUGGCAGUUGCCAGGAAGUGACAUUGCCAGCGGCAGCGAUGUCCUCUCUGACAUCAUCCCGAGCGUGCCAAGUUCACCCUGUCUCUUCUCGAAGAGGAAGCCUAAGCCCCACCCGCAUCGUAACCUGGACGAGCUACCAUGGAGCGCCAUGACCAACGAUGAGCAGGUGGAGUACAUCGAGUACCUGAGUCGGAAGGUCAGCACAGAGAUGGGCCUGAGGGAGCAGCUCGACAUCAUCAAGAUCAUCGACCCCUGCGCUCAGAUCUCUCCCACCGACAGCGAGUUCAUCAUCGAGCUCAACUGUCUGACCGACGAGAAACUCAAACAGGUGCGUAACUACAUCAGAGAGCACAGCCCCAGGCAGCGUGCCAGCAGCACCAGAGAGGGCUGGAAGAGGAGCAGCCACAGCAGCGCGAGCACCGGCGGCGUCAGUGGAGCCAGCAGCAGCAACGCCAGCAUGGUCAGCUCAGCCAGCUCCUCUACCGGCUCCACUGCCUCCAACUCCAUAGCAGGUGGGACAGCAUCAGCCUGUAGUGGAAGCAGUGUUGCCAACAUCAGCAGAGCUCACAGCGAUGGCAACCUGUCCAGUGCUGCAGAACGUAUACGAGACUCUAAAAAACGCUCCAAGCAGCGCAAGCUUCAGCAGAAAGCCCUGCGGAAGCGGCAGCUGAAAGAGCAGCGACAGGCCCGCAAGGAGCGACUGAGUGGACUGUUUCUGAACGAGGAGGUGCUGUCGCUGCGGGUGACGGAGGAGGACGACCACAACGACGACCUGGACAUACUGAUGUGACAGCAGUGAAUCACUCAGUGCUCCCUCUACGCCUGCUCUCUCACCACUCGGCCAUUAGCAUAGAGCUCAUAGACCACGCGAGUCCAGAUCACUGCAUGCGUUCGCUUCAAGUAGGCUAAUACGCUCAUUUUUUUUUUUUUUUUUUUAAAGACUAGUGUCUGAUAGCUCGUAGUAGCCUCAAACAUAGCUCGUCAUAUCGCUUGCUAAAACUAGGGUAGUACCGCUAGUGCUAAAAAAAAAACGCUACAGCAAUAAUACUGCUAAUGCUUUGGUUAGAUACGAACCUCAGUCUAGCCUGCUUCGAGCCAGUGCUAAUGAAUCUAGAACAUUGUUAUCUCAGCGUAAUACAGUUAACACGAGGAUUGUUUAGAUGCUGUAACAGCGCGUAUCCACUUCUACUAAUACAGCCACCGCUGGCAGAAGGACAGAUCAGGCGGGAGUGGCCGGGUUUGGUCACAUUACGCAGAUGCUGCUCUGUGGAAGAUAUAAAAUAUACAGCCGGGAGUAUUCUCUGGAACGUUGACAGUGUUAUAGCUGAUUUGGUCGUAGAUUUCACUGAUCUGUCUACACAUAAAUUCAUAUUCUGCAGGGCUAUAUCUGCACCGGCCAAACUGCAGCUCCAGGUUAAACUGCUGCAGGUGAUGUUCCAGCACGAAGGCCUACAGUCCCAAAGUACUGGUAUCGGGUUAAACAUGAGCGCCCUCAUGGGGACACGUGAAGAAAACAGUUCCUGUGAAUUCUCGAAGCCUAGUUCAGAGUCGAAGAGUCGUUCUCCAAAACUCACAAAACACCUCUGAGAUUCAAAAAGGUUCUCGGCGUGGAAGCUGAAGCGACAGGAAGUGAGCUGGUCUGUCUUUCUAUCUGCUGAGUGUCGUGGUCUCAUUUCACUCUUCAAGGCUUAGGGGGAGCACUGAAACAAUGCAUGUUUACACACAGAGUCCCUGUGUGGUCCAAUAACUAACAACUCUACAGCAUUAUUGUUUGCAUUCACCUGUUUAAAAAAUAGCUUAUGUGUUGUAAAUAAAUGAUAAAUAACAGCAUAUUUACUGCUUGCUUUAAGGUUUUCCUCGGUGAUAAAGGUUUGAUAUAAAGUUUUUUUUUUUUCCUUCUGUGUAUAUAUAUUAUGACAAGGUAGUGAACUAAUUGCUUAUAAUAGCUUAAAGAUGCUGUCAGUUCGCACUGGUUCUUCGCUAUAUUUUGAGUCUUAUUUUGAAGCAUUUAGCUGUUUUGUCACGAGUACUUGAGUUUGGUCGUCGUCUCAGACGUCUUUUUGAAUUCUUCGUUUCUCUGCCAGCACUCCUACUGUGUGUUUUUACCUGAGACAGACCUGAAUCAUUUGCCAUCAUUUUACUUCUGUUUACAUUUUCGGAUGAGGUGAUAACCAUGAUACGUUUCAAGGCAUUCAAGUGUAGGUAAAGAGGUUUUUACAGGUGUGUGUGUGUGGUGUGUGUCCAUGUACUGUAUGGCUGGUUUGGCUUUGGCGCUAAACUUGAGCUGGUUUCUUAAGAAUGUGCAUCUAACAUCGGGCCAAUAACUUGUAGAAGUGUGUUCAUUUUUGCUCAGUUAAGACGUUUAUAUUGUUGACGAAGCACUAACACCUCAACAGCAGCUUUUUGUGCAGUUGUAGCUACCAUGCCGUUAUUCAUAUUUUAUAUAAGUAACAACCUGAGAUGUCGUUCCUUUUUGUGUUUUGUUUUUUUUCCUUCCUUGUAUCAGAAACACUUCACCACUGAACCACUGCAGUCAUCGGCUUAAAAGCCUGCUGUCAUUUCUAAUCCCUCGUGUGUACUGAGCUUUGGCUCUCGUCUCUGUCUCAUGUAUAAAAGUUAUUAAUUACAUCGGUUAUGUUAAAUGCAGCUUUAUGUAUUCUGUAGUUAUGAAUUAGUAAAACUCUAUUUUGAAAAAUAUGAUAAUUUUGAGAAAAAAACUAAAUAAAAAUAAGCCAUUGUGAUGCAACAAA